CCUGGUGUCCGGUGCCCUGGUGUUCCAGGCCCUGGAGCAGCCCCACGAGCAGCAGGCCCAGAGGGAGCUGGGGGAGGUCCGAGAGAAGUUCCUGAGGGCCCAUCCAUGCGUGAGCGACCAGGACCUGGGGCUCUUCAUCAAGGUGCGUGGGUGGGCAGGAGUCCCUUCAACAGUCGCCGGUGACCCCCCCAAAAGUAGCUGCAUGCCAGUGGGGCCCUGCACUGGGUUGCCGCCUCCAGAAGGGCACCCGGAAGGCAGGGUGCAGCUGAGGGGUGCAGGGCAGAGGCUGGGAUCCAGGUCUCUGUGUUUUCAAUAUGGCGACCUUGGGGGCAUUUGUCUGCCUUGCUUUUCCUGGGCUUGCACUGAGCUCCUGGGCUGUCUCCUUCAGUGUGAUGGUGGUUGAGUGAAGGAACGAGUGAAGGAAGAAAUGAAUACAUGGCUGGAGCACAUGAAAUAUGUUACAUUUCGCAGGCAUAACGCACUGGUUCCGGGUUGCCGGAUGAAAUCCAGGACGCCUGGAUAAUUGUGAAUUUUAGCCACUAAACAAUGAAUACUUUUAAAAAAUAAAUAUGUCCCAUGCAGUAUUUUUAUUUACUGAAACUGGCAACCCUACCCUGGUUUCUCUACUUCUUUGGAGUCACAGAUGCCUUGGAGAUGCCCAAGAACACUGUGAACACUCCCCUACCCCCUGGAAAAAUGCACUUACAUCCUGGUGGUUUCAGAGGGUGUCAGAGGGACACAUUCGGAGGGUUCCAGGAUCCCCUAAGCCUGCCACCAUGGAUACCAGGCUAAGCAGCCCUUCUCCUCGGGACACAUGCUUAUGAUGAAGAGGCCAGAGGAAGGGGUGGGUUCAACUUUGGUUCAGUGACUAAAGAAAGUGCUGGGCUUCAGCCUCCUGGGGGUACUAUCAGGUAAGCACCUUUGUUGCUUCUGUGAUUUCUGAGUCACUAUCAUAUAAAACCCCAAGGAUUAACUUUAACAAAUUGAUGUUUAUUACUUUAUUGAAGAGUACCCCUGCUUCCCUGCCUGUUCUUUUGGAGGGAGGAGCCAUGGGCAUGGAGGCCUCAGUGUUCCAGCUGAUUUCCAAGGUGGCAGGACCAGGAGCAGAGAUGAGGAUGGGGUGGGGCCAGGACACAGGCGGCUUGACAUUGGCUCUGACACUUCCAGAAUCCCAGUGAGCCUCAGAGAGGCCUGGGCAGGAGAAUGUGUCUGGCCAGACCACAGGGCAGAGCAGGGGAGGGAGGGAAUCUGACCUAUUUUAUCUUCACCAUGUAAAUGCUUUUUUCUGGAUAAAAAAAGAAGAAAAGGAAGGGCAGAAAUUAGAAGUGUGGGCGACAGCUGCUUUCUCUUCCACAACUAGGCAGUCCUGCAGCAAUUAUGCACCUACUAUGUGCUGGGUGCUGUGCUAAUACACUGUAGGGUGAGCAGGGAAAUUGCUAUGGGGGUGGAACAGAGGCAGGCUCUACCCUAGAGGCUGUCACUUUGGGAUGAGGAGACAGAUCACUGUAGGAUUCCGUGGAAAGGGAGCUUUCCUUGUUUCCUUCUUUGUUAAACACCUGUUGUAUGCUGGGCCCUGAGCUAGGUGCUGGGGGCAAGGAGGGAGAUGGGGGUGGGGGGGCUUUGGGAGGAGCAGGUAAUUGAAAUGAGGCAGGUGAGCCUUGUAGAAUUGAGAGAUGUGUGAUUGGUUUGCAAGAGACCUGCAGGCAGAGGAACAGCAUGGGCAAAGGCGUGGAAGUUGGAAAGCUCCGAGUGUUUUGCAGAACUCGGAUUUAGCAGAUGCGUAGUCAUUCGAAGCAAAAAUUAGAACACACAGGAUGACAAGAGAUUUUUUUCCCCCCUAAGUAGUGAAUUUAUUGGAAAAGUCUUGCAAAAUAAAAUUUAAAUCACCUUAAUCAUAAAUUUCACUUCUUGGCUUCAUUUAAGAAUUACUAUUACAGGAAAUGGGAUCAUCUCAGAAAAUCUGGGCGUAAGGUCACUGCAACUUGGAUUUCAAAUGGGGGUCCCAGGAGAGAAGGCUGGGGAAAGGGAGGUGGGGACUAGAUUGAAAAGGGGCUGAGAUGCUGGGCUGGGAGUUUGGACUCUAUGCUGUGACAGCAGGGAGCUAUGGAGGAUUUGGGGCAGUCACUUUAGGAAGAUUAAUUUGGAAUGGGUCUUGCUAAUGAGGAUUGCAUUCAGAGGGAAAGAAUGUGGUUUUUGAUCUCCCCCACUGCCUUUGUGUCUUGGCUCUGUGCUCCUUGGGGAAGGGCCCUUCUGCCCCCCUCAUUAUGCUCCGACCUCUGUCACUUAAGGCAGACACUCUCAAAACACAGACUGUGUCUUGAAAGGACUGCAAGGUGGCAAGAGGGGCAGACACGUGGCCAUUUCAUUAAUUUAAUCCUAUUUAUUGAGCACCUACUAUGUAGCACAGGGUUCGGCUUGGACUUCAACAGGGUGGGUGGGGGCUUGUGUGUCUACCAGCCUUCCAAUAUUGGGUACAAAAUUUGAUGGUAUAUGAACCUUCCUGGAGAAAGGGUCCCUAACUUCCAUCAGAUUUUCUAAGGCAAGGAACUCAAAACUCAGCUUUCCUAGGGCCAGUGGGAGUGGUGGGGUCUGUGGAAAGCUGGAAAUCACUGGGCAUGAUCACUCCUUGGACUAACUUAACACACAGGGCUUACUUUAACUCUGCACAACUGUCUGAGGUAGGUGUUAGCAUCAUCAUCCACACCUGAUAGAGGCAGAAACUGAGGCACAGAGAGGUAACUUGCCCCAGGGUCACACAGCACCGAGAUUUGAACCCAGGCAGUCUGGUCCAGGUCUGUGCUCCUGACCUCUAUAAACUUGAAAUCUUUUGUGUGAAAUUAAGGGGCAAAUAACUAAAACCUUUUUUUUUUUUUAAGAUUUAUUGAUUUAUUUAUUUAAAGAAAGAGGGUUCUAGCACACACACUCGCCAAGAGGAGGGUGGUGGGGGGGAGGGGCAGAGGGAGUGGGAGAGAGAGAAUCCCAAGCAGACUCCCCCGCUGAGCGUGAGCUCAACCGGGGGCUCAGUCUCAGGACCCUGAGAUCCUGACCUGAGCCGAAAUCAAGGGUCCCACAUUUAACCGACUGAGCCACCCAGACGUCCCAACUAAAAUGUUUCUAAAACAAUGUGGAGGUCAAACAAAAUCGGGCCACCCAAUUUGCAAUGUCUACUCUGAGGGACAGCCCUCAGGAAGACUGGAGAGAGGGGGAGCGCUGGGAAGGGGAGGGAGGAUACCACUCUGGAGACUGGAGGGCCAGGGGCUUGGCGGGGACAGUAGGGAAGCGCUGAGUUUCCUCCUUCUGCGCCUUGUCCUGCAGGAUGUGGCUGAUGCCCUGGGAGGGGGUGCGGACCCUGACAUCAACUCAACCAGUAACAGCAACCACUCAGCCUGGGACCUGGGCAGCGCCUUCUUUUUCUCAGGCACCAUCAUCACCACCAUCGGCUACGGCAACGCGGCCCUGCGCACAGAUGCCGGGCGCCUCUUCUGCAUCUUUUAUGCGCUGGUGGGGAUCCCGCUGUUCGGGAUCCUGCUGGCAGGGGUCGGGGACCGGCUGGGCUCCUCUCUGCGCCGCGGCAUCGGUCACAUCGAAGCCAUCUUCCUGAAGUGGCAUGUGCCACCGGGGCUGGUGCGAAUACUAUCGGCGGUGCUCUUCCUUCUGAUCGGCUGCCUGCUCUUUGUCCUCACGCCCACGUUCGUGUUCUGCUACGUGGAGGGCUGGAGCAAGCUGGAGGCCAUCUACUUCGUCGUAGUGACGCUCACCACGGUGGGCUUCGGGGACUAUGUGGCUGGCGCCAGCCCCAACCAGAGCAAUGCAGCCUACCAGCCGCUGGUGUGGUUCUGGAUCCUGCUCGGCCUGGCCUACUUCGCCUCAGUACUCACCACCAUCGGGAACUGGCUGCGAGUAGUGUCCCGCCGCACUCGGGCAGAGAUGGGCGGCCUCACGGCGCAGGCCGCCAGCUGGACCGGCACGGUGACGGCGCGGGUGACCCAGCGAGUCGGGCCCACGGCACCACCGCCGCCGGAGAAGGAGCGGCCACUCCUGCCUCCGCCGCCGUGUCCGGCGCAGCCCGCCGGCAGGCCCCCGUCCCCGCUCCCCGUGAAGGCCGAGCCGCCCUCCCCGCCCUCCCCGCCCACGGCCUCGGCGCUGGAUUACCCCAGCGAGAACCUGGCCUUCAUCGACGAGUCCUCUGACACGCAGAGCGAGCGCGGCUGCGCGCUGCCCCGCGCGCCACGGGGUCGCCGCCGGCCCCCUAACGCUCCCCGGAAGCCCGCGCGGCCGCGGGAGAAAGGCGUGCCGGCGUAG